AUGUCGUAUCUUCUCUACUCGAUCUCCUUCUUCGCCCUCGUCCUCGGCACAGUCCUCUUCUUCACCCGCGCCCACUGGAUCCCCCACGUCCAACAUCUACGACCCAGACUCCCUGGCGCAGACUACAUCUACUCGCGACUCCCGAACAGCUUCGCAGGCGAUAUCGAGGCCGGUCUUUCCAGCAAUACAUUUGAUCUCUCUGGAAAUGUCGAAUCAGGCGAUUCGCGCGCUGGUCUCGACGAUGCGGCCAAGGCUGAGGUUCUCGCUAUCAUGAAGAAGAGGAGGAUGAACUUUGACCAGGCGAGGAAGGUCUACAUGGAGAACCGAUUCAAGGCCAACGGUAUUGGCGCUGAUGGAUUACCGAGGGAUCCGAAGUUCGUGAGCUUCUCAUAG